AUGGAUUUAGAAAAGAAGUCUGCUGAGAAGUCGAGACCGGAGGAUGUCGAUGAAGCGACAGGCGUUGGCGAAGUCCUGAACGCGUCGGGUCACAAACAGGAACUUGAGAGGAAUUUCAGUUUGUUGAGUAUCUGUGCGAUUGGAAUUACGACGGGGAAUGUUUGGGCUGCGUUGGGAGGGUCUAUCGUCAUUGCGCUCUACAAUGGCGGCCCAGCAGGUGUCAUCUACGAGUUCAUCGCCGUAGCAUGUUGCUACUUCAUGAUCGCGGCGUGUAUCGCAGAGAUGGCAUCUGCAAUUCCCUCAUCAGCGGGUGUAUACCACUGGGCUUCCGUCACAGGCGGAGCUAGGUUCGGAAAGGUAAUCGGGUUCUACGCUGGCUGGUGGAACGCCCUAGGCUGGAUCUUCGGCACAGCAUCCAUCUCCUCCAUCCUCGCCAACCAAAUCAUCUCCAUGUACGGUCUCUUCCACCCCGGCUACGCCUUCGAGCGCUGGCACGUCUUCAUCGCCUACCUCAUCAUCACCUGGCUCGCCUGCUUCGUCGUCAUGUUCGCUAAUCGCGCGCUGCCUAAACUAACAAACAUCGGUCUCUUCUUCAUCCUCAUGGGUGUGUUUGUUACCAUCAUGGUCUGCGCCAUCAUGCCUAGUAGAACCGGAAAAGGGUACGCGAGCAACGAGUUUGUGUGGAAAGACUGGCAGAACCAGGCUGGGUGGAAGAGCGAUGGAUUUGUGUUUUGCGCGGGCAUGUUGAAUGGGGCUUUUGCUGUGGGGACGCCCGACUGCGUAUCCCACCUCGCCGAAGAACUCCCCUCCCCCCGCACCAACAUCCCCAAAGCCAUCCUCGCGCAAUACACCGUCGGUUUCCUAACCGCCCUCCUCUACCUGAUAACAAUCUUCUACGCCGUAAACGACCUCGACAGUCUCUUCUCAAACCCCUGGCCCUUUCCCCUCGCCGAGCUCUACCGGCAGGCCACAAACACGCACGGCGGCUCCCUCGGCCUCUUACUCGUCAUCUUCGUCCCGACGUUCUGCACGAAUAUCGGUUGUUAUAUUACUUCCGGCCGCAUGCUGUGGACGCUGGGCAGAGACGACGCGACGCCGUUUAGCAAGUGGGUGGGCAAGGUGGAUAGGAAGUGGGAGAAUCCGUUUAAUGCGACGUUGGCUUGUGGGGGUAUCAACACAAUCCUCGGUUGCAUAUACAUCGGUAGCUCCACAGCCUUCUCCGCUUUCGUAGGCUCCUUCAUCGUGCUGAGCUCGAUGUCGUACCUCGCUUUCAUCCUACCCAACAUACUAACCCGGCGCCGCCACGUUAUCUCAGGCCCGUUUACGAUGCCUACGCCGGUGUUUUAUACGGUUGCGAGUAUAGCGUGUGGGUACAUGGUUGUGUGGAUACCGAUCUACUGUUUCCCGUUCGCGGUGCCGUUUGAUACUACGACGAUGAAUUAUACGAGUGCGUUGGUGGGCGGGGUUACGAUUCUGCUGGGCGGCUGGUAUGUGUGGAUAAGGAAGAGGGGGUAUGUUGGGCCGAGGCGGUUGGUGGAGACGUUGGGGAAUGGCGAGGCUACGAUUGUGGGUGUGGAGGGGGGCAGUGGGGUCGAGAAGGUUUGA